AUGGCGGGCAGCCCAGGCAGCGGGGCCUCCUUGGAGGGUAUAUCCCUGGGCUCUUCUGAGGAAGCCGAUCUCCAGAGGGAAGCCAUGCAGCAAGUCCUGGACAACCUGGGAUCGCUCCCCAAUGCCACGGGGGCUGCAGAACUGGACCUGAUCUUCCUUCGAGGCAUUAUGGAAAGUCCCAUAGUGAGAUCCCUGGCCAAGGCCCAUGAGCGGCUGGAGGAGACCAAGCUGGAGGCAGUGCGGGACAACAACCUAGAGCUCGUGCAGGAGAUCCUCCGGGACCUGGCCCAGCUGGCAGAGCAGAGCAGCACAGCCGCGGAGCUGGCCCGCAUCCUCCAGGAGCCCCACUUCCAGUCUCUCCUGGAGACACACGACUCUGUGGCCUCGAAGACCUAUGAGACACCACCCCCCAGCCCUGGCCUGGACCCCACCUUCAGCAACCAGCCAGUACCUCCUGACGCAGUGCGCAUGGUGGGCAUCCGCAAGACAGCUGGAGAGCAUCUGGGUGUGACGUUCCGCGUGGAGGGCGGCGAGCUGGUGAUCGCACGCAUCCUGCAUGGCGGCAUGGUGGCUCAGCAAGGCCUGCUGCAUGUGGGCGACAUCAUCAAGGAGGUGAACGGGCAGCCGGUGGGCAGCGACCCCCGUGCGCUGCAGGAGCUCCUGCGCACUGCCAGCGGCAGCGUCAUCCUCAAGAUCCUGCCCAGCUACCAGGAGCCCCAUCUGCCCCGCCAGGUAUUUGUGAAAUGCCACUUUGACUAUGACCCCGGAAGAGACAGCCUCAUCCCCUGCAAGGAGGCGGGCCUGCGCUUCAGUGCUGGGGACUUGCUGCAGAUUGUAAACCAGGAUGACGCUAACUGGUGGCAGGCAUGCCAUGUGGAAGGGGGCAGCGCUGGGCUCAUCCCCAGCCAGCUGCUGGAGGAGAAGCGGAAAGCCUUUGUCAAACGGGACCUGGAGCUGACACCCACCUCAGGGACGCUGUGUGGCAGCCUUUCAGGAAAGAAAAAGAAGCGAAUGAUGUAUUUGACUACCAAGAAUGCCGAGUUUGACCGCCAUGAGCUGCUCAUUUACGAGGAGGUGGCCCGCAUGCCCCCCUUCCGCCGGAAAACCCUGGUGCUGAUCGGAGCCCAGGGAGUGGGCCGGCGCAGCCUGAAGAACAAGCUCAUCAUGUGGGAUCCGGAUCGAUACGGCACCACAGUGCCUUUCACAUCCCGGCGGCCCAAGGACUCGGAGCGGGAAGGCCAGGGCUAUAGCUUUGUGUCCCGUGGGGAGAUGGAGGCCGACAUCCGGGCGGGACGCUACCUGGAACAUGGCGAAUAUGAGGGCAACCUGUAUGGCACACGCAUCGACUCCAUCCGGGGUGUGGUCGCCUCCGGCAAGGUGUGCGUGCUGGAUGUCAACCCCCAGGCAGUGAAAGUGCUGAGAACAGCUGAGUUUGUCCCUUACGUGGUGUUCAUUGAGGCCCCUGACUUUGAGACCCUCCGGGCCAUGAACCGGGCUGCCCUGGAGAGUGGGGUGUCCACCAAGCAGCUCACGGAGGCCGACCUGAGGAGGACCGUGGAGGAGAGCAGCCGCAUCCAAAGGGGCUACGGGCACUACUUCGACCUCAGCCUGGUCAACACCAACCUGGAGAGGACCUUUCGUGAGCUCCAGGCUGCCAUGGAGAAGCUAUGGACGGAGCCCCAGUGGGUGCCCGUCAGCUGGGUGUACUGAGACUGUUCAUGGGGACUGCACCCCUCUGGGCUGUGACCCAGAACCCUGAAUCCAUCCCCUCCCCCAGCCAUGACCCCCAGCCCUGGUCCUUAGCUCUCAUCCCCCGCUGUCUGGCUCUCCCUGGGUGACAAUGGCUCCUAGCGGGCCCUAAGCUGUUCCACACAGAUGCGCGCACUGCCAAGGAGGUGGGUGUUCAUGGGGCACGACUGUGCCCAGGUGCUGCCCACUCCCGAUGCCCCCUGCCACCGGAUGUCCUUCUCUGAGGGCCAGGCUGUUCCCCGGAAUGUGUCAGAGUCACCUCCAUAAUGCCCAGUGCAGAGAAGAGGAAAGCUGCUCUGGGGCCCUGUGGCCAGUAGGUACACUGCCCCUGGCCACCUCUCUCAAACCGCCCUUUCCCCUCGGACUGGCCACGCCCACUCCAUUCCCGGGCUCCUCCCACCCCUCGUCCCUGCGGGCUCGCAUCCCUGGGAGCAGGCCUGGCGGUCCAGGGCAGUGGUCCCGCCUGGGGCCCUCUUGAAGGCUGGGGGAGCCAAAGCUUGAGCCGGCUGCCACAGCCAGGGAGCAGUGCGGUCCCAGCUCCCUGGGAAUGAGGCAGAUGCCCGCAAGUGGACCCCACACCGUCCUUCCCUCCUGCACAGCUUUUCACUGCCGAAGUCUCUCCACGGACUUCUCCGGAUGUGCCCCUGGCAGGGCGGCUCUGCUCCCCGCAGGGCUCAGCGCAGGGAGGGGUGAGCUGAAGUGUGACAGGGAGCCUGUGACUGCUGACCAUGGCUGGGGUGGUGGUGGGGGGGAGGUUGGUGGCACGUCUGGGCUCCCUGUUCAGGACCCCAGUCCAUCUUGGUCCCUCCAGCGGGGUCCAGGUGGCCCACUCUCAUCAGGUGUGCCUGGAGGACCGAGGAUGGGUGCAGAGAGGAGCUUGUGAGCCGGCCAUGGAACAGGGGCUUGGCAGAGGACGUCUGUGCUCUAGCCGGCUCCCUGUUGUACAACUCCAGGGGGCGCCAUCCACACUGUUUCUGCCUGCGCAGCUUAGGUUCCGCAGGCCGAGGCACCUGGUCUGCGUUUGCGCCGUUUGCGUGUGUGUGAGUCUCGGUUUUGGGAGAAGAGAAGCAAAGGGUUGUUUUGCUUUGGAGGUCACUUUUUGGGGCCCUAUUUUGGGGGCUCCCCAUCAGUCCCCAUUUCUUGUGAGACCCUGAUCCCAGAUUCCAGGGCCUUGGCCCUCCCCAGAUGUCUUUCUCCCCUUCUCUUGGUGUCCCCCUAUCCUAUAUGACACCCUCGAGUCCUUGGGGAGGGCAAUUGUGUAAGAUAGGAGAAUCCCUUUUAAGAAUGUCGUCCUAGACUUCCCCAGGCACCUGGCCCUUGUCCCUCUCUGUGACCCCGUCUGGGGUGAGCCUGUCUGCAGGGACCACCCCAUCAACCCCACCGCCAGCCAGCCCCUCUGUCCUUCCCAGUUCUCUGAGUGUCUGAUCAGUCUUCGCUGCAGGUUCAGCCUGAGCUGGCCCCUGAACCACUGUGUGCCCAUUUCCUAGGGAAGGGGAGGGAGAAGAAACAGAAUAUUUAUUACAAAGUUAGAAAUAUAUUUAUUAUAUUAGGGAUCUCAUUUGCAUUUGCCUAGGAUAUGCAAAUGAGAUAUAAAGGUCAAGCCUGCUGCCAUCUCAUUUGCAUAGCUUGGCAUCCACUAUGCAGUCACCUUUAUACUCCUCUUUCCCCUUUCAUCAGUGUUCUUUUUAUCCUCAUUCCAGCUCUUCCUUGCAUCACCCUUACCCACUGCCCAAGGGGACCAGGAGUGGGAGGAAGAGCUGCUCUCCUCCUGGUCCGAGACAGUGGUAUCCUUUGCCAGUUCCCACCUCACCUGGGGCGCUUGGGAGUAGAAGCAGUGGAGGAUCUGCGGGUGCAGCCCCCUCCCCUUGGUUAACCCCCAAAGUCCCCUAAUGGAAAGAGCAUCCUCUGAUGGAGGUGGGG